GCCUGGUCAGGAUUCAUUUAGAGCAAUAGUGCACAAAACACAUCUUCGUCGAGAUUUAAUAAAGUGCAUAAACUGCGAAAGUACGCUGAAAAUUGUCUGGUAAAAUCCUUGUGCAAGGCUGCGCUAUGUUGCAUUAAGCACACCAUUUACCGUUUACUUGCCGCUAUGUUUUUCACCUUUAGUUUGCUGCACUAAAACACCACUUUUUGCAAAAAAUCGAUGCAAAAUUGCGGAAAAGUCGACUCCGGUUUGGCUCAGUUUGGGUCUCAUCACCAUCGGUAUUUACAAUGUUAAUUAGCGGUGGUUCAGGCCGAACAAUGUCCCAUUAAAAUGCCGGAUUACAACAAUUAAAAAAUGCUUAUACAAGGUAACUAGCAACAAAUGGGAAAUAAACAACCGUAGUUUGAAGUCGGCGAUUGAACAAACGUAUCAGGUUACGGAAAACUGAAAAUCACUUGAAAAAUCCCAGUGUGUUUACGAAGUUGCUGAUUUUAUCGUUACGGUCGUUGGCUCAAUUUGCUGGUUUUGUGAUAAUUGACAUGGUUUUGAUUGCAAUCGCUUCUAUAUAGACUGGGCGCAGUCGUAAGAUGAAGCUGCUUUGGAAGAAUUUGGGAUGCUGUGGAAAAGUGUCGACUUUCCAACGGUUCCUGCCGCAAAUAAUCGCCGUUAUCAUCAAAAACUCGUCGCUAUUUGUCUAUGGAACCACCAUGGGGAUGCCCACUAUUCUAAUCCCGGCUCUAUCGGGAAAUAAUCAAGAUGAAUCCCUGUCGAUGGAUGAAACAGGGAUAUCUUGGAUAGCUUCCAUGAGCAACUUGUGCGUGCCACUCGGCUGCCUGCUGUCCGGACAAGUGGCGCAGAAAAUAGGGAGGAAAAGAGCCCUUCAGGCGGUAAACGUGCCCUUUUCCGUGGCCUUUGCAUUGUUCUACUUUGCCUCCAAACCUUGGCAGAUUCUGUUCGGCUUGAGCCUUACUGGCACUGCUGGAGGAAUUGCAGAGUCACCAGGCGUCAGCUAUUCAGCAGAAGUCUCCGAACCGAUUCUGCGUGGAGGUUUAACCUCCAGCGGCACUCUGUUUAUUUCAAUGGGGAUUUUGUUCUCGUUCAUUGGAGGCACCUUCUUCCACUGGAGGACGCUGGCGUUGAUCAAUGCGGUGAUUCCAUUGGUCAGCACGGUCCUGCUGAUGCUGAUCCCUGAAACGCCCUAUUGGCUGGUCUCGAAGAAUCGUAUGGAAGAGGCGCAGAAAAGCCUUGCGUGGCUCAGAGGUUGGACCAGCACGGAGCAGGUGGAGAAGGAGUUUCAGGAAAUCCGCAAGAGCAUCGAGGUGAGCGCGCAGGAGGACUCCAACCGGACCUGGAGGAGCAACCUCCAGCUCUACAUGGAGGGGCGAUUCAUCAAGCCCUUCCUGCUGAUCGCCCUCACUUUUGUGACCGCUUAUUUCGGGCUGACGCCCGUUACUGCUUACGCAGUGGAGAUCUUCAAUCUCCUGCAGGUUCCCCUCAGCUCCUAUUACGCUACAGUGCUGAUGGGGAGCUUGAACCUGAUUGCCACCAUCCUAUGCGCCAUCAUCCUCAGAUUCUUCGGGAAGCGACUCUUGGCCUUCAUAGCCUUAAGUGGCGUCAGCCUUUGCUUCAUUAUCACCGCCAGCUACUGCUUCCUCAACGACAUUUACUUCUUCAGCAGCUCAGCUGCCGCGUCCACCUCCUCUUGGAUACCGAUGGUUGCUUUGAUGGGAAUGGGCUUCUUCAGCUACCUGGUUGUUUUCGGGCUGCCCUGGAUCUUAAUGGGCGAAAUCUACCACAACGAAAUCCGCGAUACGGCCACCGGAUUAUCAGCCGCCAUUGGAUACUUGAUAGGGUUUCUGGCCAGUAAAACGUUCCAGCAGAUGGUCAGUGCCGUCACUUUGCCGGGAGUUUUUCUGUUCUACAGUGGCGUGGCAGUGGGCGGCAUUCUGGCCCUGUAUUUUCUGCUGCCGGAAACCGAAGGAAAAAGUCUGGCGGAAUGUUGCCAGCACUACAGUGGCGGCAGCAAGCUGGAUAACAGGGUGUGCAGAAACAGGGGGACAGACAAGGAGAAUGAGCACGGAGUGUGAGGUGGAGCGGGCGGAGGAACUUGAGGAAGAAAUGAGCCUUGAAAAUUACCCGAUCUUCCUACCGCUGGCUUAAGAUUAGUUGGUUGAUUUAUGUGGGCAAUUUUCUGGUGUAUUUUAAUAAAACUUUCUGACGUU